GCUUGGAAAGGACCAUGGUACACCCACACAACAUACCAAGGUAAGAACGUUUUCUUUGUAUCGGGUUUAGCUUAUGAUGGCAGCCUCGCGCUCUAGACUUAUCGCCCCUUAGGGCUCGAUAAAAAUCGCCGAGCAAUACACGCUGAUUCAUUCUCCUGACGAUAAACUAUCAAUGGCGGGUUGGAGUUCAGACUGGAAUUGCGCCAAGCAGACUAAGUCGCAGACGUUACAUUCUGGCGCCCAACUAAACAGAAGCAGGAGACUGAAGUCACCUCAUGGGGCCCGAGUUCAAGAUCCUUGUCUGGGGAUUUCGCCCCUGACUUAAAGUGGAGGAUAAAUGGCUUGUCAAGCCCAUUGGUCUUCGUGGCUCACUUCAUUAAUGUCUCUGAUACUGAAGGAUACGCCUUCUGUGCUGAAAGUGCCGUUUGUGGGCCCGCGAGUCGCCGAUGCUUACGGUCAUCAUGAUCGCCGUGGGCAGAGGGACCACACUGCUAAAAGAGAAAACUUUGAUGCUCGAUUCAUUGCAACUGUGUCUUUCGGAAGUCCAGCACCGCAUUCUCAAUUUAUGACGACUUCAGCUUGGUGGCUGGAGAUAACAAAGACUAUGCGGAUCUCAUAGAUAUGGGUGUAACGCCAGACUAUGGCAGCUAUGAUGCGAGUGACUCAACCAGCAAUCGAUUAGUAGAAGCAGACACCAUUUUUAACCCGGGGAACCCGUACUCGGUUCCUAUUCCGGGGGACAUUAUUACAGAUACUAUAGCCGUUGGGGAUGUGAAGCUGGACGCCAUGAAAUUCUUUGUUGUACAUAAGCAAGCUCGUCUUAGUAAGUCACCUUGUGAUAAUGCCUUCUACCACCUCAAACGCACAUACAGAAGUUCAGUCUAUGCAACAACCAUUAUUAACAGGGGAGUAGAUACUCUGGGCUCGGAC